AUGAAUAGAAACAAUUACCUAAAUGAUAAGAGUUUAAUGGACAAGUUCAUUAUAGUAAACAGGUUUAAGAAUCUGGCCGAAGUAACGGAUAUGAAUUUUCUUCGUUCAGUUGCCUUCCGCAUCCAGGAUAUGUUUACACAAAUGAAUAACUUCCUCUUAGAGUCUUACAAACUCCCAGGAAGUUAUUAAGACUUCUAAAGAAGAUUGCUAAAAGAGAAAAUCAGCAGUAAUGAAUAGCAAAGUCAGAAAAAAGCUUUAGAACAGUCUAAACGAAACCUAAAUAUCAGCAACUUAGAGUCUAUAAUUGAGGGGGCCAAUGGUGCUUAGUUCAAUUGGAUCCUAAUUAAAGAAAAAGCUAAUAAUGAGGAAGAGACGAAGGGGAUCAAUAUCAAUACUGAUUUAAUUAAUGAUAUAACCAAGAUAUAUGAGUAUUUGCCAUGCACAGUCAAAAGGCAACUCAAGACUCCCUUGCUUUAUAACAAAUGCAAGGUGAGAUUCUAACACGGUAACCAGCAAAUGGGUUUCAAGACUAAAUUCAGAAUGGAGUACAGAAGAUUCCAAGACAUUCUGGCUCAAAAGGGCUGGAAGAAAAAGAAAUUCAUGGUAAAUGGGAUGGUUAAAGAUUAAGUUUAUGAUGAUAUUUGGAACAAGAUGUGUCAAAGGAUAAUAACAUUAGUUAUAAUUAUGAAACCUGAAAUCUAGCAUGUUUAAGAUCGAACAAUUUAAUUGAUGGAGUUUAAGUUUGAAAUAGAUGAUUAAUUAAACCCUUGGCUGUGUAAAAUCAAAACAGACUUAAAUUUCAAGUUGAAAGGAAACAUGUUUGAUGAUUACAAGGCAAAUAUCUUGAAUGAAGUCAUGAAUAUUGCUGAGUUUAAGAUAAGCCAAUAUCGCUCUAAACUAAAAAAGCACCCACUAAUGUUUAAUCACAAUGAAAUUAAUCAAAAGCAAGCUCGAGUCACUCUGAAGCAGUUGGAGAAUUCUCAAAUUUAUAAGAAAAAGUCGAUAAAAGUUAAGGAUGUGAUCUAGAUAGCCAAACUUGAAGAAUCGCCCUAAGCUUUUUACAUUUACAAAAACAGAAACGACAUUUUAAUCAAUAAGCUUAGGCGAAGAGAGGAUGACACCUUUUUGUUCAAAGAUCACUCUGCUGAUAGAGCUGGUAGUCAAAUGACUGAUGCUUAGAAGUAUAAAAUCAAACAGCACUUAGCUAAGACUAAAAACAGACUGCAAUUUCAUGUGAACUAGCAGUUCCUUGACUAGUUAAUCGAGGACAUCUAGAGGAUACUCAAUAAUAAUACAUCAGAAAAUAUGCUUGAAGAUAUGUUUUUGAUUAAGAAAAUAGAUCAUGAGCUGGUAUCAGUUGGAUUCAGAAUAAUGUAUCUCAAUUAUCAUAGGGAAGAUAUUCAGGUCUUUAUUAAUAGUUACACAACUCUCAAAGCUAUUGCUUAAAAGGAUCAUCAAUGGAUGGAAAAUAAGUUGCUUGAAAUCCUAUCUGGGGAAACGAAUCCUAAAGCAUUCAUGCAUCUAGUGAAAGAUAAGCUAAAAGAAAUUGAGAAGUAAACAGAGUAGCUUAGAAUUCAGAUAGGAAACGGCAAGAAUAAAUUCUUUGUAAAUAGUUAGAAAGUAAAAAAUAUCCUGCAAGGCAAAAUAUAAGACUACUUACAGGAUAAGAUUACUAUUGAGAGUAAUUCCUUAAAUAGGAGUGCAAUAAAAUACAUUGAACAAACUCCAUAGAGCUCUAGAACCAUUUUGAAUGCUAGCAUUCAAGAGUCCUCAUUUAUUUCAUACACAGAGAAAAAAACAAAUAAAAACUUACCAUUUAGUGAUAUCAAACUGAACAAAGUUAUCAGUGAAUUCUUUGGAAAUUCAGAUUAGAAGUAAACCAAAAAAGAUAUAGAAGUUACUAAGGAUCAUUUUGGGUUUGGCUCAGAGGAUGAUAAGAAUAUCUAAAUGUAUCGGGAGAGUAGCAGUGAAGAUUCUAUAAGUAGUAUUACUGAUAGUUUGGGACCAGCUGGAUUUGGCAGGAAAAAUGGUCUAAGACUCAGAAGAAUUUCCAAUUUAGAGCGAAGGAAAGAGAGGCUUUAAAUAGCUAAGGAGAAAUUUGAAAGAGUAAUAAAGCAGGAUGGUAGAAGACUUUCAAAUUUGGAAAGUUUUCUCAAUAUCCCCGCAUCAUCAAGGACCUUCUAUGACAAGUAAGUAGUAAUCAAGCUAGAUAAGGUAGAAGACUAGAUCAAUAAAGUUAAUUAAGGGAAAGAUUCAAUCGUUAAAAAUGGAGAGAGUGAAAUUGUGAACGAAAAGUAUAAGAAAAUGAUUGAAAAUAUUAAAUCUAUGGACAAAUCAUCAUUGCAAAAUAGAAGGUUUACUAAAUCAUAGCUUGACUUGGACAAAUAUUAGGUAGCAUUAAUUAGAAAAAAUCAAGAUGAAGAAAAUGAGAGAAAAGAGCUAGUUAAAUUUAGGAAAAGUAUUCUAACUUCAAGACUCUCUCAAUUCCAACUCAAAGCUAUUGAAAAAAAGUUGAUUUAGUAAAAAUAAGAGCAAAGGGGUGAUUAAAUGAUGACUUAAAAAUGCAAUCAGAGAGAACCCAAUACAGAUCUCACAGAAUCAAAUUUGGAUAAAUUUGCUAAAUCUAGAAAUACUUCAAUCUUACUAAGUAGAUCUGAGAUCAAACACAAUCUGAAAACCCCCAGACCAAUAAUUGUCUAUCAUGAUGAUUAAUCAAGUCAAUCAAAACUUCCCAAAUUAAAUAUUAAGCUCAACCUUAAUAAUAAUACUACUAUUAUGUCUUAAUAACUACUCUAACUACCAAACAUUGAUUCAAGAACGCCUCAGCCUCGCUAAAAAGAGGUUAGCUUUACUGAAAGAGUUUUGUAAACUUAAAGGAUCUCACAGAAUAGGUCUAUAAUAGACUUAAAAAAUGACUUUGAUGGUAAUGAGAGUAAUGAGGAUGAAAUUAAUAAAUUGAAAUUUAGAUUUAAGCUUUUGUUCCCUUUUAAUGAGACAUGCAAAAGAGAUUUUUAGGAUGAGCUAGCAACUCUUAAAGAAAAUGAUAAUUUCACAUUAGCCAUGAUUAUAAAGAAGGCAUAUGGCAUGUUCAAAUGUCAUAACUUUAAAAGAUGA